CAGACCAUUUUGUGCGGCGGGACAGCGGCGCAGACUACCGUACGGCAGAGGAAGCAGAACAUCCGCACCCACACCAGGCAGCACGGCACGAAACAGCCCAGCCGGAGACAACACCCACACCAGCAGUGAGUGUGCCGCACGCGAUGACGCCCGGCGACGAAGCAAGGCCGAAAGAUGCCGGCAACCGGGGCGGGCCCGGGGGUGGCAGGGGCCGUGGCAAGGGCAGAGGCCCGGGAAGGGGCGGGAGAGGACGAGGGAGGGGCCGGGGACGGAGCUCGGGCCGGGGAACCAAGAACGCCGAUGGAAGUGCGAACACCAACCACCAGUCCAAGAAGGGAGCAAACCCCAACCUAGAAGAUGGGGUGCAAAACAUGUCCAUUAAAAAUGCCCACGACAACAACAAGAAAGAGGAUUCGGGCGGCAGCCAAGACCCGGAUUCCAAGAAGGGCAACAACAAGAACAACAACAGGAAAGGAAACCCUGGUGGAAGGGGUGGCAGAGGUGCCGGUCGUGGCGGCAGAGGUGCCGGUCGCGGCGGAAAGCAGGCUACCAAGAACAAGAACAACGGAACGCCCGGGGAAGCCGAUGGAAAGAACAAAGGACAACAAAAGGCAGAGAGCAAGGACAACAAGGUUGGCGAUGACACCAAAAACGCAAAUAAAAAAAAGAACGCCCCCAAGAAGGGAAAGAAAGCAAACGAGGGCGAGGCCCAAGCAACCGACAAUCAGAAAAACGAUGGCAACAAACACGGAAAAAAGACCGACAACGAGAAAAAAGGCAAGCCCGGGAACCAGAACAAAACCAAAAACGAUUCGGGAGACCCAAAGAGGAAAGACAAGGGCAACAAAAACAAAACCAACAACAAAAAAGGCCACCCGGGUCCCGGCGUUUCCAAGCCAUCCAUCCCUCCCAACCAGCCACAGCAAACGAGCGACAUCAACUACGGAAAGGGCGAAACCAUCGUGGUGCUGCACGUUGGCGAAAAGCCGAGCAUUGCGGAAGCGAUCGCCAAGGGUUUGUGCAAGGGCGAGCGGACCGUGAACAAACGAGUGAUGCCGAUCCACACCUUUACGAAUCCUGGUUUCCCCAAGGCACCACACGCAAAAAAGGUGAGAAGCUUUCGGUUUUGGGCAUAUUUUUGUGCAUCCAUCUGGAUCGUCUCCUUUGCAAAUCAAUUUGUCGAUUAUUGUCCUUACAGCGAUUUUCUCUAUCAAUUGACCUCUUGUACAGGUGAUGCACAAAGUGACAUCGGUAGCCGGUCAUGUUUUUUCAGUAGAUUUUCCUCAAGAAUAUCAAUCAUGGGAAUCAGGUAAGAUUAAUUUUCCUGCUCGAUGGCGACAAUCGUCAUAUCUUUGGUGCUGUUGUUGAGAUUCCAAAGCAUAAUACACGUUGCACUCACCGACAAGAAUUUCGGUUUCUGGUACGACAGUGGAUCCCGGAGAAUUGUUCCACGCCCCCAUCAAACGAAAACCCUGCAAGGGCUCGGUGGUUUCCCACCUGCAGAACGAGGCGAAGGGAGUCGAUUUCAUUGUGUUGUGGAUGGAUUGCGACCGCGAGGGAGAAAACAUCAAUUUCGAGGUCCUGAAUUGCUGCAUGCACUGCAUGAAAGGUGGCGGCGGAGUGGCUCACUAUGAUCGUGUGUACAGAGCGUAUUUCUCUGCGAUCAAUCCCUCGGAUAUCAUCAAGGCGUACAACGCACUGGGCAAACCCGACAGGAACCAGGCGCUAGCCGUGGACGCGAGACAGGAGCUCGACCUGAAGGUCGGAGUGGCCUUUUCUAGAUUCCAGACCAGGUUCUUUCAAGGACGAUACGGAGAUUUGGAUUCCACCGUAUUGUCGUAUGGACCGUGUCAAACCCCAACCAUGGGAUUUGUAAGUCUUUUGCAUUGACCUAGAUUUGUAGGAUUGGAAAUCCUGCUUUGGCGUUUUGCGUAGAGGUCUUCAUGUAUCCUUUCGCCGGCACGGUCUUGUUUCUCAUCAUUUUUUUCUCUCGAACGGCGCAAACUACAAAAGGUCGUUCAAAGGCACAUCGAUAUCGAGACCUUCAAACCAGAACCGUUCUGGGUGCUAGAACUGGGCAUAUUGAAGCGUGGUUGUCGAUUGCGAGCCUUGUGGGAAUCGGGGCGAUCUUUCAACAAAAAGAAAACGGAGGCCCUGGUCGAGAAGGCGCUGGAGGAGAAUGCGAUUGCCGUUGUAUCCAAUGUUGUUACGAAGGACAAGAAACAAGGACGGCCUAUACGUAAGCUAUUUAUCCCCUAAAGAGCGACUUGUGUGCCACGAGAUUGCGACGCCACUCACAACACAACCGACUUUUUCGCUCCUUCUGUCUUUCCUCUGUGUGGAAUUCUUUCAUUCUUUCUAGCACUGAACACCGUUGCGUUGCUCAAGGCUUGCUCCAAGGCUCUGGGCAUUGGUCCCCACCACGCCAUGCAGUGUGCGGAGCGUCUCUAUUUGUCGGGGUAUCUUAGCUACCCGCGAACCGAGUCCACCGCCUACCCCAAGUCCUUCGACAUCCGGGGAACCCUGCAGCAGCAGGCGGGCGAUUCGAGGUGGGGCGGAUACGUCAGGGAGCUGCUGGCGCUGGGCCACACCAAGUCCAGGGGCGGCGUCGACAUGGGCGACCAUCCCCCCAUCACUCCCAUGCGAUCCGCCAGUCCCUACGAGCUCUCGGGCGACAUGAGCCGGGUGUUCGAGCUGGUGGUCCGCCACUUUAUCGCUUCCGUGAGUCCCGACGCGGUCUGGAGGUCGACCAAGAUCACCUUCGAGGUCGAGGCGCUGGGCGACAAGGGCAGGUUCUACGUCGCGGGCAAAGAGAUGGUCUCGCCCGGGUUUCUCAAGAUCUUGUUGCACAAGGAGUACGGCGACGAAGCGGAAAAAGACGAGGAAGAAGAAGAGGUUCGGAAACUCCCCGAGUUCCAAAAGGGAGAAAUCAUUGCGAUCUUCAACAAGAACAAGAACGAGUCUUCGUCGGCCAAGGUCAGCGUCGUCUCCUCGUCUGCGGUUUGGGCCUCGCUCGACGUCAAGGAGAAAAUGACCACCGCACCGGGCUACCUCACCGAGUCGGAACUGAUCGGCAUGAUGGAGAAGCACGGGAUCGGGACCGACGCCAGCAUCCCCACGCACAUCGAAAACAUCCAGAAACGAAACUACGUCCGCCUCGAGACCGGCCGCCGCCUGCUCCCGAACAAGCUGGGCCUCGUCCUGUGCCAGGGCUACCACCAGAUCGACAGCGGCCUGGUCCUUCCCAAGGUCCGGGCCGACAUCGAGGGCCAGUGCAACAAGAUUUCGACGGGCGACCUGGAGAAGGAGGUCGUCAUCGAACGGGCCAUCCAGAUGUUCGAGGAAAAGUUUCACCACUUUGUGAGCAACAUCGGGCGCAUGGAUCUGUUGUUCGGGUCGAGUUUCUCCAAGCUCGAAGACGUCGGCAAGCCCUUCACCCGGUGUGGGAUAUCGCGGCGCUACCUCUCGUUCAUUCCCGGGCCGCCGCCCCGGUUGUACAACAAGUAUACCGAAACCGUGUACCCCUUGCCCGUCGGGGGCGAAAUCAAGCAGUGGUCGGGAAGAAAGUGCACCGUCGAGGGAUGCAACUUUGAGCUCUGCCUGUAUUCGGUCGGUGGUGAGUCUUUUUCGAUGCGAUGUGAUGCAUUCUUGAAACGCGGCCGGGCCAAAAACGCCUCCCGGUGGCAACAGUCCGUGCCUGACGUGGUUUUUUUUUUUCUCGCCGUCGAUCUUGUUCUGUGUUUUGUUUGGUUUUGUUUUGUUUUGUUUUUCUUUCCUUUCCUUUCAGCCCCCCCCCGGACCUUUCCCCUUUGCCCGAACUGCUUCAACCUGCCCGAGUGGUCCAUCACCAGCAAGGACGCCCGAAGCGGAAGGGACGAGGACGACGAGCACAAGGAAGAACAGAUCCGCAAGGUCGCCGGCAAGAACCUGACCCUGUCGUGCCCCCUCCCGGACCACCACCCGCUGAUCGACGAGCUCUACGUGAGCCCGGAUCCCGACAGCGAGGGGAUCUUCACCCUGGACCCCCACUUCGGGCCGAAGUGGCGUCUCGUCGGCACCCGGGACGCCACCAUCAUCCACCUGCCCAAGAGCAUCGAGUCGAUGGCCCUCCUGGAGGAGAAGGACGAGGUCUUUGGCUGCCGCAAGCUGAGGAUCAAGUUCAAGGAGGGCCAGUCCCCCCUGGAGGGCGGGGCGACCAAGCACACCUGCUUCUACCCCACCGACCAGCUCCUGCAGGAUUCCUCCCGGGUGUACCACGGGUCGGAGCGGACGGCGGCGUCCGGCCGGGGCCGCGGAAGGGGCGGCCGCGGUGGACGCGGCAGGGGCGGCCGCGGAAGGGGCAGGGGCAGGAGGUAGGUAGUCCGGCCCGGUCCGAGCGCCCGCCUUUGGUGAAAACGAAAAUGCCCGGGGAUCCGUGUUCCCCCCCCCCCGGUGUUCGCUCCGUGGCACGGCACGGCAUGCAUGGUAUGGAAAACUACGAGUGCGUACGAACUCGAACGCUUUCGUCUUAAGAGUUUCUUCAAAACAGAAUCCAUGCUGUAGUGUUUGUCGCAUCGUAUUUGUUACAGUACCGUAGCGUGUUUUGCGAGAAAGAGGGAGGUUGUUGGGUGGGUCAAUCACAGAUGGUAUUCGUGCUUCCGAUGAUAGCUCCAACAGUACGGUACCGUACCGUACGUUCAUGUGCACGUACGGUACGAAUGACAACAGUACCCUACUUGCACAUGGAACGUACGUUACGUACGACUAUGAUCUAUCCGAUCCGACUACGCGCAGUCCAGUGUGCCGUAUGGUGCGGUCCCAGUUAGUCUUGGUUUCACAAAUUGAUUUGAGUCACGAAUAGAAAGUCGUAACGAGUAAUGACCGUUGGAGGUCCUCGUACUCCGGUACUUGUCCUACAGGUACCGUACGUUCGUACUCUCUUUCCACGAUGUCCACGCGUCGUCUGCCAUGUUCUACCCGUACAAGGCGUCGUACCGGUAGACGUCUUGGUGCCUUGGACGCCUCGCAAUCGUGCCUUCGGUACAAGCAGUACGCACGAGUACGAGUAUGCUAUGACUACGACUACGAGUAAGUACGAUAUCCGGAACCAAAAACGCCCAACGGGCCGUCGAGCACCGUUUCGAAAAGCAAAGCAUGGCAUAACAGGGUACCGUACGACAACACGCACACGCAACCCACCAGACACAAAGCAAAACCCCACAACCAAACCAAACCCACGAGAAACCGAUGCUCGCGCACUGGUUCGAGCGCAGCGGGAUCGGCCAGGCCCUGGCCCCGGACCCGGGAGCGAGGGAGGCCGACGAGGACGACGAGUCCCGGUCCGCCUUUUGGCAGAUCCUCGCCCCGGACGACAACUUUCUGCCCCCCAGGGCCCCCCCGGCGGGGGCCUUUCCCCCGGCCGGCGACGGAAGCGGCCAGCGCAUGGUCCGGUGCGUCCACUGCCACAGCUGGACGCCCUCCGAGGUCGCCGGGGGCAGCGGCGGAAGCAGAAGCAGCAGCAGCGGCCCCUCGGCGCCGGCGGUGGUCGAGACCGUCGUUCCGCCGCGGACCCCUUCCACCCCGGCCAACAACAGCAGGAACAAUCCCAACAACAGCAGCAACAACAACAACAAUAGCGACCUCGACGCCCGCGUCCUGUCGGCCUGCCGGGAGACGGCGAGGUUCAUGAAAUCCCCCAAGCCGGAGCGCAAGAACCACGACAAGUUCCUCCGGCUCUGCUCCAGCACGCAGGCCCUCCAGCCCAAGCUACUGAACCGGAUGCGGUCGAUGGUGGAGAACCACUCCUACCGGGACGCCUAUCUGCUCCGGGUCCGGGCGACCAAGAUGGGCGUGACGGCCCCCGACGGCUACACGAGCCUGCAGUGCGCCGCCUACGCCAACAACGUCGCGGCCGCUGGCCUAAUCCUGGAGCUGGCGAGGGGCUAUUCGGAGGCGAAAGGGGACCCCGACACCUACGGCGACCUGCACCUGGACCGGGACCUCUACGGGAUGACGGCCCUGCACAUUGCCGGGGAGCGCGGGAACCUCGAGAUGGUGCAGUUCCUUCUGCCCCUCUACGAGUUUCCGCCUGGAAACACGGAUGGCACCACGGAUGGCAGCAACAACGACGGCAACAACGACGGCGACCAUGCCGACAGCAGCAGCAGACCGGCCUCCGCCAUGCUGUCCGGGCUCGUCGACCUGGGGGGACAAACCGCCUUUGGCCGGGCCAUGACGUCGCCGGUCCCCAAGGCCAAGAAACACCAGCGGACCCUCGAGAAAAGCCUCUAUUCGAGGAACGACCUCAGCAUCUUUGGGGAGUCCAAGCCGAGUGAGGAACGCGCGGGCUUUGUCGAGGGCCUCGGAAUAAGCUACGGGACCGCGGAAAUGCCCGGCCUCCGCGGUUACAUGGAAGACGCCGUCUCGGUCGCCACCUGGCAACAGGGGCCGCAGCCGAUGGCCCUCUUUGCCGUCUGCGACGGCCACGGGGACCACGGCCGCGUCAGCAACUUUGUGGCCUCCCGCAUGGCGGGGGUCCUCCGGGCCUGCCUGGAAUCCCACGAGCCGAGGGGCAUCCUCCUUUCGGGCGACUACUGGACGGCCGUCUGGACGGAGGCCUGCCUCCGGCUAGACGCCGAGUUGAAAGACCAGGUGUCCUCCGAGGGGGGCUCCACGGGCGUCUUUGCCCUCGUCACCCCGGACGAGAUCGUCGUCGCCAACGUCGGGGACAGCCGCUGCGUCCUCGCCCGCACCGGCGGCGACCGGGUGGCGGAAGAAGCCCCCGUUCCCGGCGAGCACCCGAACGAAGCGCAAGCCGAAGGCAACGGCGAGGCCGACCACGACAACGACCACGACCACGAUGCGCCACCGGCCCCCGCGGCCGUGGAAGCGAUCGCUCUCUCCGAGGACCACUCCCCCGGCCUCCCCGGCGAGGCCGAGCGCAUAGCGGCCGCCGGCUUUCGGACGGAGGCCGUCCGCGUGGCCGGGGAAGACGGGAAGGAGAGCCUGAUCCACAAGGUGGUCGGGAACGAGGCUUCCCCGGAAGCAUCGACGAAAACGUCCACCCAGCUGGCGGUCUCCCGGGCCUUUGGGGACUUUGAGUUCAAGGCCAACGACACGCUGCCGGCCGCGGGCCAGGCCGUCGUCGCGGUCCCGGGCGUGGUGGUCCGGGCCCGGGACCCGCAGACCGACCGGCUGCUGGUCCUGGCCUGCGACGGGAUCUGGGACGUGGCCUCCAACCAAACCGCCGCGGGCCUGGUCCUGGCCCGGUGGGAGGGAACGCGGGAACCGCGGACGCCAAGGGUUCUCUCGGACGCCGCCGACGCCCUCCUCCUCGAGUGCCUGGGCCGGGAGUCCCGGGACAACCUCUCGGCCGUCCUGGUGUCCCUAGGGGCCGCUGCCGGGGGCCCGCAAGCGGUCCUUGCCUCUCCGGAGGCCGGCUCCCUGCCGCCGAGGGCCCUCGCCUUUGGGUCUCCCGGCGGGGAGGCCUAGCCAAAACCAGCCCGGCCCGGUGUGCCCCAUCACUACACAACACGACACA